AUGGCCUCCGAGGCAGUCGUCAUUUCGACCUCCAUUGUCGCCCUGAUGACUGGCUUCAUGCUCGGCGUAUACUCGAUCCGCGGCUACCUCAUUUCCCCCGAGCUGCGCGCCGAGGCCCGCGCCAACACGGACGACCCCGUCGAGAGCGAUGAGUCCGACAUUGACGAGGACGAUACCGUCCUUGACCACGCGCCGAAUUGGGCCAAUGGCGCGGCCGCUGACCGCCGUGACGGCCUGCGCCAGCGCAACACUGCAUCAUCUGAAAAGACCGCCUCCUCCAAGAAGCCCAACCCAAGUGCCGCGCCGCUCGUCGACUCCAACGAGGAAUGCAAGCUUGUACUUGUUGUUCGGACGGAUCUGGGCAUGACUAAGGGCAAGAUGGCAGCGCAAGCAUCCCACGCGACCCUUGCAUGCUACAAGUCUCUCUCGCGCGCUGCGGCCAAGGACCCCUCGUCCUCCGCGGCCAAUAUCCUCAAACGCUGGGAGCGCCUCGGCCAGGCCAAGAUCGCGGUGCAGAUCAAGGACCAGGACGAGAUGCUCGAGCUCAUGGGCAAGGCGCGAAGCCUGGGCGUCACCUCCGAGGUCAUCGCCGACGCCGGUCGGACGCAGAUCGAGGCCGGCAGCCUGACGGUGCUCGGCGUCGGCCCCGCCCCCCGGAGCCUCGUUGACCAGAUUACGGGCCAUCUGAAGCUGUUGUAG